AUGAUGUUCGAUCCACCAAUGCCGUCGCAAUUCGAUGGGUUUCCUGACGACGGUUACUACGACGCUCCUAUCAAUAGGAAGGAUAAAAAGGAUAAGACCAAAAAUGAAAGAAACCCCACCACGGGCAUCGUGGCCAUGUACGAGGGCUGCGUCUUGCAGAAAGCCCCAGCGCGGCCUGGCGAAUUCGAGAGCUGGGCUCGACCAGAUCACGAGCCUCUUCAUAGUGGCGACAUCGAGCUUGCACAGCUGUCGCGAAAGUAUCGCAAAGAAGUUGGCGAUCCUCUUGACGCGUUCGCUCAGCUUAGUCGCGACCAGAAAGGUGCGGUCAACCGUUAUAUCGAAGCCAGGCAGUCUCAAGAAGACGACGAGCACGCCGAGUGGACUCUGGACUGCGUCUAUCGACACAAACGUUCAGUCGUCGUGAAAAAUGCUUGGACUCGAGCCAAACCCGAGAUCAGAAGUAUUACCGUCAUCAUAAAACGACAGGACCGCAAGAUUCCAGGCAUAGCCUAUACACGCGACAUCAUCGACAUCAACGGACCGCACAAGAAGACCAAGGACGGUAGAAAGGACAACAAGAAGCACAGGGACAAGGACAUGUUCAUCCCUCCUUUUGAUGAUUUCACGCCACUCAGCUUCGGUCCCGGUCCGCCACACAACGCCGAUAUAUUACAUGUGCCUCCCCCACCACCUCCUCUGCCUGCUACCGGCGGCCAACGUUUUGACUUUCCACCGCCGCCGCCGCCGCCUCCUCAUGCUGGUGCAAUACACGUUGACCAGUUCCACCCGCCUCAGCAUGGUCCGUCGAAUCCGUUUGAGCCUCUCCCGCAUCUGAACACGCCGAAUCUCUACGAGAGCAGCUUCCAGCCUCCAAUGAAUGUCGAUCCCCAAUUUCAGACCCGUAGGCAGACACCUAUCCUGGAAGACCGCCGCUCUCGUUCUCUGUCGCGCGACCGGCGCCGGCAAUCGCGGGAGCGGCGAAGAUACCAGGAGCAGGAAGAAGCUCGUCGUCGCGAAGAUGCUCUCCGCUUAGAGCAGGAGGAAAGGCACGAAGAAGACCGUCGCCAGCAGCGCAUCAACCAGCAACGAACCGAGCGCAUGCUCGACGAGAUUCAGGGCAACAUGCAGGAGCAGCAGGACCAGAUGCAUCAACUCACUGGACAGUUCGCGCAGCUCAACUAUGGACGGUCGCGCUACAGUGCCUCCAGCGAAGGAUCGCAACACCGCGACCAUCUCGAUAAAGUCGACAUGUGGAGUCUCCCAUCGGGCGGUAGCUUCACUCCGCCUUCGUCGCCAGGCACAAGAAGUCCUGCCAUGCCUAGCGGUACACUUGGCCGGAAAUUCUACCACGAUCAAGUUCGCAAAAUUUAUCCCAUCGAACGUCGCAACAGUAGCUACCAUCGCGACAAAAUGGUCGUGCUUGAGCCUUAUGCCACUCUACCUCGCGGCCGAGACGCGUAUCAGCAAGGUCGUCGACGGGACAGCGCCAAUCUAGAAGACGACUACCCGCAUCCCCCAGCACCCAUGCCUCCGAUGGAUCCUGGACGCCGUCAUCGUCCGCAGAUCCACCAACGUGCUGCGACGUUUGCGAAUGAUGACCAUCCCUUCCAGCCUUUGGCUCUACCGCAGUAUGCGACGCAGGAGUAUGCGCAGUUCGGUACGCACCAACGACGUGGAAGAGAGGAGAGGAAGAGGCGGGAUAGCGACCUUUAUGGCAGGCCGAGAGAGGUACCAGUCGCAUAUGUAUAUGCCGAAGAGAGGGAUCGCAGAGGCGGACGCAGAUCUGAUCGGAUUCCAUUUGGUUUUUGA